AUGCCCCAGUGCAGUGCCCAGUGUGACCCGAAUCUGAGCUCCAUGACGCGCUCCUCAGUCCGGGCGUCCGGCAGGGGGUGGUCCGGCAGUCUGGCAAGGCUGAAUAGAGAAGAAAACGGGAGAGACGCGAGGGUACUUACGAGUUACGAAGGCUUCGAAGGCGCGGGAUUAGUCAGCACGGAUUCAAGGGGCGAAAUUGAGGCUCCCGGGAUCCAGAGGCGUACACUGGAAGCAGCUUGCCUAGCCGCUCCAAGGCACACGAACAUGUCGCGAGCGCUAAACCCAGGGGUAGCACGUACCGGUGGACGGCCCCAGGCGCAGCGAAACGCGUUGGAAACGUUGUUAGACCGUGGCCGGACGGCCGGACUCACGGACGCUGCCGCUCUGCCGGACUUCCGGCAACGCCGGACAUUCCAACUCAGUGGUAUUCUGUCAGGUUGGCCAUUCGCCCUGGGUGGGAUGAAAGAAGGGAGAAAAGUCUUCGGUAUUGCCUUCCCCGGCCCAGAGCGGGUUGAUGAGGUCACUGAUGGGCCCGGUCGCGGUUUCGAACCCGGGUUUCAAGCCAACGACAGGUCGGCAUGGGCAGUCGGCAAUGCAUUUCUGAGCGCUCAUUCGUUCGAUGUAAGAGGACAUCCGUGGUCAAAAUGA